AUGCCUUCCACUGACAACGUCUCCAGCGUCAGCGGCCGCAACAGCCGAGCCAGCAACGUCUCGGGCACGACCGGAGCAUCACGCACAGCGGUCAGAUCACCUCCACCCAGCAUGCCUCCGAACGAUACGCUGUCCAACGCGGGCGUCCUCAGUAUGCUUAAGACAUCAACCGAUACUGGCGAUAUUGGCGCACUUUCAUUCAACACGUCCCGACUGCCUUCUAUGCCUCGAGCAACUCACCAGAGACGAGGUCAUGGGUCUAGACCAUCACAGCACCACACUUCAGGCGGGUUUUCCAACCACAGCUAUGCACCAUCUCAGACAUCACGCGUUAGUUCUCAAUGGGAUAACACCUCCACCACUCAGCGCCGUGGCUCCUUCACCAGCAUGCAGAGCAUGCCGCCUUCCCUACCACCUAACGGCCAUCUCGGCAAGCCACCACUUGAGCCAAUGCCACCGACCCCAGAUACCAGAGAUCCUCGGUCUUACUCGAUGACUUCAGCGCCACCAGCUCAUCCACUGCCCAGGCAUCGAUCUGCGACAAGCUUGCGGAGCCAAGGCCAUGAACCACGCCACUCUGGUCGUAUGCCACCAGGGCCGGUACCUCCGAUGCCUGACAAUCGCCAGUUCGUGUACCCUACAAGGCUCAAGCGUCCUGGCUUCCGAUCGCCAUCUCCAGCCUUGAGUGAUGGCUACGCACCGAUGGCAGGUGGGCAGUCGAUGCCACGAAGAGUGCCCAUCGCGGGACCUCAUCCUCCACCUGUCCAACCAUAUCAUGCAUAUGGAGGUGACCACAAUUCUUAUGGGCCGGAGCCUGUCCAUCUCCACGUUCGACCACCUCCGCGAGCUGCCGACAGCAGCCCGGGACCAGGACCUGGAUACGUUCCGAACCCAUACAGCUACCGUUCUGGCCCGACGCGUCCAGCACCUACUCCUGGUAUGCAUCACCAGAUGGGGCAUCCCAUUAUGCCUCCGUCUCAGCACGCUAUGCAGCCGCCUCCUGGACAGUAUCCUCCGCAGCCAGCCUACUAUGGUCCACCAAGACCUGGCUACAAUCCGUACGGACCUCCUCAGCACCCGGGAUAUCAUGGCCCACCGCCGAGUGCCAACCCAGUGGCUCAUCACAAGUUUCACAAUGCUGCCCGCAUGGCUCGUAUGCUGCCUCGCCGUACAGACACGCCAAUGACAGACGGCGGACCUUCUGGUUCGGAUCCAGCAUCAUCUUCAUCGGCGCCAACGUCAUCCAACCCGCCGACACCAAAGGACCAGACCACGAUCCAAGUCAUGGUCGAUCCGGCCUUCAUCAACCCUGAUCUCGUUGACUUGCCAGAUUCUUCAAGUGAGCCCGUACUGCCUGCCAAGUACUUCGACUAUGCCGAUGGCCUCGAAAGACCCAUCCAUGAGCCGGAUAUGGAAGUUCCGCAUCCUUCCGUCCCGCCGCAGACAGGGUUUGUGCAGCGGGUCAGAGCCAUGCUGGAGUCGAAGGCAGCGGCAGAGGCUGCAGCAGCAGCUCGACAAGAGCACGAAAACGCAAAUCGCCAAUAUGCCGGCGAGCUUGACGUCGAUCACGAUCAAGAAGAUGUUUCUGAACUGGUCGAGUACCAUGAGCUCGCUGCCAACGAGCCACCACGCUUCACGCUCAUUGAAGAAUUUGAUGCACCUGUCGAACUGCCAGCCUCACCUGUCAAGCUACCUGAGCUUGAGGCUAUCGAAGCACCACAGCGCCAGUCCCGGCCCAUCACGAGGGCAAUGGUCAAAGCCGAGUUGGGUCCUUCGAGCGUCGACAACACGCAGAUGCCUGUCGAUGAUACCACGACUCAUCUGAUGGCUCAGCUUCAGAAGCAAUACGACGCAGAGCAGCAAGCGGAGCGAGAGGCUGUAGAGGAACCCAAAGUUGAUGUGUCAGAAGAUGUUGAUGCUGUCGACUUUGCGGACCAGCAUGGCUCUGUGUCAGAAACAGAGUCGAUUCCAGCCACUCUUCCCACUGGCAUUGAUUACGCCAUGCGCUUCUCCCGUGCCAUUGAUACUACUGUCGCCUCGGAAGAGACACAGUCUCGAGACCCAUUCGCCCACGAUGCCGAUACUAUUACCCUCCAACAGCAGUCCUCGAAGCAGGCUUCCAAGGAACAUUUGUCUGACAUCAACGAGUCACCAACGCCAGAACCGGCUGCAAAGGUUACCGACCUGGACAGGAACUUCGACCAUACCCCGGUGAACCCAGAUGUGGACCGUGAUGCGGACAGAACCCCAGUCAGUCCUUUGCUGCCAGGCGAAGAGAUCAAGAGAAGCUCUGCUGUGAGUCCAGUCCAGACACAAACGCUGAACAUCGACGAGACGCUCAAUGUCAGUGCGAUGGACAAGACAGAUAUGACAAAUCUCGACACUCGUACAGAGCCAGAGUCUCUACAGGUGGACGAGAGCCUACCGCCGCCCACUCCACGUACUCCGAAGACCUACUCGAAGAGCGUACAGCUCAGACCACGAGCGAUGGCGACAGACAGCAACACCACCAACACAAACAGAUUCUCUUUGCCGGGAGACAUCAGCACCGUUGGCGACACUACGCUGAAUAGCGCCUCGGACAUGGUCACGGACAUCGCCGUUCGCUUCUCGCUCCCACAUGGCUCGAUCUCGAUAGGCAAGCCACAGAUCGUGGAAGUCUCACCAGGCUCGACACCGGACAGCAGAUGGAAGCAAGACGUGGCCGUGGGUCAACACAACGCCAUGAACCCAGACCUGAAGGCCUCUCGACGAAGCUCUGUCACUUUCGCCGAUGAAGUGGUACUGCCACUGAACAUCGCCAAGAAGUCUGAACCGUAUCGUCAGCUCCAGCCGAGCAGCGAGGCUGCCGCCAACAAGGGCAAGUCUAUCGUCAGGAGACCAUCACCUGCUACCACAGACUCAAGCUUCUCAUCGCGCGAAGGAGGUCUCGAUCUUCGCUUCACGAACGGCAACCCAGCGGCCAGCACGCACAACCGGUUUGGUAGCACGCAUCUUCCCGGCCUCAAGGAGGAAUCCGUCGAGGACAUGAGCAUAUCUGACCACAGGCGAUCGUCCAGCGGAGCACAAUUUCCACUGCCCGCCCGUAUCGCAGCAGUCAAGGCUAUGCAGGAACGACGGCUGCAGGAGUCUGCGGACAAAGCCAAAGCACGUCGCCAGGCUCGUCAGCACAAUCGACCUCUUGGAGACACCCAAGAUCUGCCAUCCUUGAACUUCAGCCGCACCGACCUCAUCGAUCGGCUAAACGAGGCUCUCGACUUCCGCACAACGACAUCAACGGAAAUGGUUCGCCGUCGUGACUUCACCGGCAUUUACUGUCCUUCUCCACAGCGGCCGCACAGUACUGAACCACUUCGUGAGCGCUACACAAGCUUCUUUAGUAAGCCAGAGGAGUUCAGCUUCUUGGAUCACCGUGCCGACAGCGAAGACGAGUCCGACCCCGAAGCAGAGCCGGAAGCAGAAGAAUACAAUGGCAAGGCUCUUGUACCUGCCCUCCAGAUUCAGGAAACGACUGAAGUUGAGGGCGUGGAGCCUGACAAGCGCCCACUCUCACCUGAAGACUUCCUCAACGUCGCUCAACAGGCAAGUCGACUGUCCAUCCCUACUGUUGGUGGCCUCUCGGACCGACUAUCAGAACUCAUUCCUGGCCUACGCAAUCUGUCAAACUUCCAGCUGGACAGUAUCUUCAAGGUUGACAGAGAAAGCUUGCAUCGUCUCAGUACAGAGCUCGCUCGGCCUGAUACUGUCAUGACCAACCGCACCUCAGCUGGCUUCCGCACACUCGCUGAGCGCGCCGAGGAGAUCGUCAAGAACGGUACCCAUGACUCCAUCGCACCUCGCAUGAGCAGGGCAAGCCUCAACAAGGAGCUGCCUCCACUUCCUGAGUCAACCUCAGCAGAUGGCCUGCAACCCACAGAUGCAGCUGAUGACAAGCGGCCAUAUCUCAGCGGUUCUGCCUCAGCACCAUCAGACUUGGCACGGCCAAUGUCUGUUGUGCUACGAGCCAAAGCACCGACAACAGAGGAAGAGGUCCAGCAGAUGCUGCCAAAGGAGAUGAAUCCAAUUACACGCAACGGCAAGCGCUCGAUGGUCAUGUCGGGAGCCAGCCGGCCGUGGAACAAUGAUGAAAAUUACCCUUGGGGUAGCAAAGUCGACAUCGACCUUUCAGUUCCAUCCGUGGCUCAUACUCGCAACUCCUUCGCCAGCGAGGUGCUUCGUGAGCGUCGAACCAAGUCGUUGGAUCUAACCAAGCCUCUCGACCCCAGCGAGCAGGGCAUUGAUAUCGGCUCCAUCACCACCUCCAAUUUGCCAUCCAACGCGUCCAUCACUACAGAACAGCUCACUGGCGUAACUCCUGCUCAUCGACGACAUCUUUCCAAGCGCUCCAUCAUUGGCUCAAUUUCGAAGAAGUUCAAGACUGGCCUGUCUGGACUCACGACAGACGAUGAUCUCACGAAGACUUUCGGCAAGUCACCACUCGGUCGCAGCACUUCUACUCGUCAAUCCCAGGUCUCUCACAAGCCUGGAGAUCGUUACCCUACGAGCGCACUCACUCCACCUGCUAGCUUCAACUUGGACGAGAUUCGGUCCUUCUUCUCCGACAACAGCUCUGAUCGAGAUCGUACCGCUUCAUUCCGCAAACGACUGACCGGCUUCAAAGGCAAAGGCAAGCACCUUCGCGUGGACCAGGCCCGAGGUCAGUCUUUCGAUGACCAAACUGCGUACGAUGCCGGCUCAAUGGCCGAAGCCCGUCUAGGCACCGACAGUCGUGCCAACACAUACGAUGGUGUUGGCAUGAGCAAGACCGAGUUCCACAUCAAACGCUUGGGCGAGAAGCUCCGACAUCUCUUCGCUCGCGGUGGCGAGCUUAUCCGCUCGUUCAGUACUCGCGCCGUCAAGAAGAGACCGGAUCGAACGCAAGAUGAGUGGUUGGCGGAUUCUGUUUACUCUGGUGUGUGA